GCAUAAAUAGGGCCUGUCCAAGAGACGGCGAGGGAACAGCGGCCACCAGAAGGAUUUCUUCGGUUUUUUUUAGGAAUUUUUAGUUGACAACAAACGAAUGGAGUUAAGAAUGAUGUGAAGUCAGUGAUGAACAAAAAAAUCUACCUCACCACGCGACUUUCAAACUUGUAAAGACCAAGUCAAGCAUACAGGGAGAUAACCCAUCAAGAACGGCACAUUAAGACUGCCAGCCACCAACUCUUGUAGAACGUUUGUCAGGCACACUAAGACUGUCAGCCACCAACUCUUGUAGAACGUUUGUCAGGCACACUAAGACUGUCAGCCACCAACUCUUGUAGAACGUUUGUCAGGCACACUAAGACUGUCAGCCACCAACUCUUGUAGAACCUUUGUAAAAUGUCUCCAGCCUAUUGUACAUCCGUGUUUCUCAUGUGGUCCCUCAACAUCUUGCUACCAAUAGUCCUCACACAGGAGCCGGGCGAGUUCUUCAAUACUCUGCACCUGACCACAGACGAGGACGUGAAACAACGGACCAGCCACCCGGCCAGACUCGAUGACCUACCCCAGGCCAGCCAGCACCGCCUUGAGGCCAUUCUCCAGGGCAAAUUCCUCUCCGAUGCAGACGGCAGUCUACAAGACAGCGGCGCUCUACGGGAAGACAAGCGAGUUUUUUGCAACGGAUUCUCAGGUUGUGGCGGUCGAUUUAGGGGCAGAAGGCGCCAAAAGAAUGCAGCAGAAGUAAGAAAGCGGUUACAGCACCCGAAAGUCAGCAAACGUCCAUUUUGUAACUCUUACGGUUGUAACAACGGCGGCAAGAGGAUUAGCGAAAUCCCUUCAGAACUGGGCGAUGACGUCACAUGGAGAGACGGGUCGGACGCGGAGUUGCCGACAAGAUUUAAAAAACUCUUCUGUAACGGCUACGGUGGCUGCCAGAAUAUGGGGAAGAGGAUUCUCCUUCUUCCCGUCAACAGUCCAGUCCGAGAUUCGAACCCUAACCCUUUCCUACCACCACCAGUCAACGACGUCAGUGGCCAGUUAGAGAAACGCUUCUGGUCUGGCGGCUAUGAGGAUGAUAUGAACCAGUUAGUGCAAAGCUGAGUGCUAGCAGCCUGCCCGUCUAUGGAGCAACCAAGCAAGAAAUAUUGGUGGUCCAAAGUAGAGAAUUUUCUUUUUCGGAUGGCUUUACGGUACAGUCAGGGAGGGGUUGCUAAUGCAAUGGGGGAGUGAAAUUGUUUCAAAAUAUGUUCACAUUUAACUGGACUAGUUAUUUCAUUCAUAAUUCUUGUGAUGAAAAAAGAAAUCUAUUAAAAUUGACUUUAUAGAACU